AUGGAGUCUAAAGGACCCUCACACAAGGUACAAAGCUCUUUCCGGUUCUCUUUUAAUCCAAAGAAUGUCGCAUUCCGUUACAAAAUGGCUAAGAAUAUGAAUAACAUACGAGAGAGAUUAGAUGAAAUCGCUGAAGAAAGGAACAAGUUUCAUUUGAAGGAGAUUGUUAGAGAGAAGAGAAGGGGUGUCCUUGACUGGCGCCAAACAACUUCAUUCAUUGCUCAACCUCAAGUCUAUGGAAGAGAUGAAGAUAAAGAUAGAAUUGUAGAGUUUUUGGUUGGCGAUGCUUCUGGUUUUAAGGAUUUAUCUGUUUAUCCAAUAGUUGUUGGUCUUGGUGGAAUUGGAAAAACAACACUUGCCCAGCUUAUAUUCAAUCAUAAGAGGGUAGUCAGCCACUUUGAGCUAAGAAUUUGGGUGUGUGUCUCAGAAUAUUUUAGUUUGAUGAUAAUGUCAAAAGCCAUCAUAGAAUCAGCAACUGGCCAUGCUUGUGCAGAACUGGAUCUAGAGCCAUUACAAAGAAAACUUCUAGAUUUGCUAAAAGGAAAAAGGUAUUUGCUAGUGCUGGAUGAUGUAUGGGAUGAUGAACAAGAAAAUUGGUAG